AUGCGGACGGCACUGCUUGCUGUCCGGGCAACGACGGUGCUGGCAGUUGCGACGGAGAACUCGGUACAGGAUAUCGGGGAGUCUCCGCUGGCAAAGGCAACACAGACGGCACUGCUUGCUGUCCCAGCAACGACGGUGCCGGCAGUUGUGAUGGAGAACUCGGUGCAGGAUAUGGGGGAGUCUCUGCCGGCAAAGGUGAUGCGGACGGCACUGCUUGCUGUCCCGACAAUGAUGGUGCCGACUGCCGGCAGUUGCAACGGAGAACUCGCUACAGGAGAUCGGGGAGUUUCCACUGGCAAAGGUGACGCGGACGGCACUGCUUGCUGUCCGGGCAACGAUGGUGCCAGCAGUUGUGACGGAGAACUCGGUACAGGAUAUGGGGGAGUCUUCGCCGGCAAAGGCGAUGUGGACGGCACUGCUUGCUGUCCCAGCAACGACGGUGCCUGCAGUUGUGAUGGAGAACUCGGUACAGUAUAUGGGGGAGUCUCUGCCGGCAAAGGCGACGCGGACGGCACUGCUUGCUGUCCCGGCAACGACGGUGCUGGAAGUUGCGACAGAGAACUCGGUACAGGAUAUGGGGGAGUCUCUGCGGGCAAAGGCGACGCAGACGGCCCUGCUUGCUGUUCCAUCAACGACGGUGCCGAUGGCUGUGACAUAGAACGCAGUACAGGAGAUGGGGGAGUCUCCGCCGGCAAAGGCCACUCGGACGGCCCUGCUUGCUGUUCCGGCAACGACUGUGCCGACGGUUGCAACAUAGAACUCGAUACAGGAGAUGGGGGAGUCUCUGCCGGCAAAGGCGAUGCGGAUGGAUCCGGGUCCGGUGGAUGA